AUGGCAGAAUUAGCGGAUGACAAAGCUGCGACGGCAUGUGCUAUACGAGACUCCUUGGAGUUGGAUGAUCGGGAGAAGGCACGCGAGCAGCUCGAGGAUGCAGCUGCCGGCAACAUCCUGCUGGAGCUCAUGACGGAAGCGCAGAACAACGCGGAGCUCGUAGACAGCCUCGCAGCCGAGCUUCCUGGAAAGCUCAUUGCAAUUGCUACUCCUCUUAUCAUGUUUUUUCUCAUCUUUGCUAUCUACAUCCUGAUUUGCUGCUGGACGGCAUGUCCAUGCUGCAAGUGCUGUCGCUGCUGCCGCGGGAAAAGGAACAUUCCCUUUAUUGUGAAGCUGCUCUUCUUGCUCGUGAUCGGAGGCGUAGUCUUGGCUCUGGUGAUCUUGUCCAGCUUGUCCACACGCGGUUACUCGAGGGCUGUGGAGGGGUUCGACGUGACAAACUGCGCUGCGGCACGAAUGGUGAAUGCCACCUUCCAGGGACAGAGUAAUCCUUACUUCUUGGGCUUGAUCCCUGUGCUGAACAUCUUCGACGAGCUCGAAGGCAGCCUGGCCGAGAACUCGCAGUUCAUCAACGACCUCCGAGGCAUUUUGUUAGACACCCAGGACAUCACCGAUUCCGUCACUGUUGCGACUGCCACGUUGGAUUUGCUCAGCGCGAUGUUGAGCGACUCUCGGAACACGUUGCCGACGGGCACAUUUCAUGAGUGCGCGGCCUGCGGGCCUUUGGCCUCGACGCUGAGCGAUGUGAGCAGCGCUGUCUCUGCUGGCACUGCUGCUGCACUCAGUGCAGCGCGUGUUGAGGUGGACAACCAGCUCUCGGGAAGCAGCUUGGUCAGCCUUCGGAGCUCCCUGAGCACCGCGACUGCUCCACUUGUCGAGCUGAAGACGACCAUUAAGUCAAGCUUCACUCCCUUCGUGGAGGACACUUUGAUGGAAACGCUGUCUGACCAGAUGAAUGCCAACGGGACAGUGGCCAGCGUGUUCAUGAUUGGUCUGGCAUUGGCUAUUGCAGCUUGCGCGAUCAUUGCCGUUCUGGUGUGGAUGUGCUGCGACACGCGUCGAAGCGAUGACAGUGGAGAACCGGUGAGCAGUCCCUGGACGUACCGAUGCGCAUGCUGCACUUGGUGCUGCGGCUGCUACUACACGAUGUUGGCCUUCUUCCUGGGUGGUAUCCUGCUGAUUUUGGCCGUACCACUAUCCUCCAUGUGCCUGAUAAUGGAGGAUAUCAACAGCCAAAUGAUCACGGAUAUCUCUGGAGCAUUGGAGAUUGAGAUUGCCGGUCCUACCGGCGACAUGAUGGGGUCCAUGAUUGACCAGUGCAUUCAGAACUCCACUGCCAACCCCAGGCUCCUCGAUCUCAUUACGAUCGAAGAGAACGGCAAUCAAGUCACCAUGUACAACAAGCUGGUGGUGCAAACACAGGCGCAGAUCACGACCCAAUUUGAUCAGCUCGGGAACGCUCCCAGUUCGAGUCUUGCCAGUUCCACUGAGGUUACGAAGCUGACACAGAUGCUGCGGGAUGUUCCGUUGGAUGCAAUGAUGUUUCCUCAGCAGUCGAUUGGGAGCAACCCAGACUACCAGCCCAUGUUGGGAAACACCAAUCUCGCCCCAUACAUUGCCUCUUCCGCUUCCUGCACCAGCUUCACGGUGCCAACUGGCUACUCCCUCCCACAAGAGGGUACCACGACGGAUGGCAUUGUCGACUUUACCGUGGCAGUCAGUUUGGAGGGCUAUGGGGGCAUCCUUGACUACAGCCCGACCACCUGUGCGAAGCAGGUUGUGUGCACAGGAUUUACAGCUCCUGAUCCGAAUGCGCAGUUCUGUGCGGCGGCCUCUCGGUUCAUGGAUCUCAAGCAGGAUCUGAGGAGUCAGAACCGUUUCAUGUGCCGGCGCUUUCGACAGUCGGGUUCAGUUUGCGAUGUAAUCAACAUGGCUCAAUCCGGAAGCACUUGGACUAGUGAUUGCCUGGGUGCAACCGUUGAAGAGUACGGCUGCAGCCUGGCCGACUUCGUCACUCUGGUACAGGACUACGACCAGCGCCUGGCAAACGCCCUCCACUCAGCUCUAGCCGGACCCGGACCGGAGUCCGCUUGCAGAGCUCGCUAUGAAGCCGAUCACCCCAAGUUUGAGAUGCAGUUCAGCACGGGAGAUCGACACAGCUUCGAUAGGAAGCGGGUUUUGUGA